AUGUUUCCACAGCCAGAGGAGCGACGGGGUGCACUCCAUGGACCAGCUCAGAGCUCGAGUCUAGACGAUUACUUCGCAUGUCACACGAAAGUGCUGGCUGUCACUCGGGUCGUUGGUCGUCGCUGA